AUGGCCGACUUCGCCAGCUUCGUCAAGGAUUCGCGAGAGAAGAAGAAGAACGAGAAUCUCGCGCAGCAAUUCUUAGGCUCUCGCGGCCGCACAGGGACGCCAACGUCUGGCUCUGGCGCAAAGUCACGGCAGAACUCAGAGAAGCCAACCCUGCUGAGUCGCAUAAGUGGAGGCGCUGGCGUCCAGAAGGGCCGCUCAGCAUCAGCGAAACCAUCUGGCAACAUCGAUGGGAAAUGGCAACAUGAUCUGCACAAGGUCAAUAACCCCAACGGACCGCCUGCCAGAGCUGCGAAACUGGGCCGCACAGCUUCCGCCUCUCAGAUCGACCGCAACAGCCGAACCUACGACAAGUUCGCCUCUGUCCUGAACAAGAAUGCGAAUGGGCGCAGCGAUAGUGCACCUGGAUUCAGCAUUAAGGGCGUCGCGAGCACCGGUCCCUUCACAGUCAUUGCAAGCAACUUCGCACCUGGUACAACAGCCUCUGAUAUCGAGGCUGUCCUAUCGCCCCACGGAGGAGAGACACUCGGCUGCAGACUACUGACUGCUGCACCCACAGUCAUGGUGGAGCUUCAGUUUGCAACUAGGGAGGGUGCUGAGAACGUUAUAGCGACAUUCAACAACCAGAAGGCUGAUGGCAGGACUCUCUACGUAUACAUGAAGGAAGCACCAUCAAGCAAUGCCCUUGCUCACUCUCGACCACCGCCUGCUCGCGCUACCCAAGUUCUUGACGAUAUGGAGGUCGACGGUGCCCGCAAUGGAAGCUUCCAGGACGGGAGAUACGGUUUUAGUGAGGGCGGUCGCAGGGACCCGCCACGAGGCCCCCGCAGACGUUACUAG